CAUAAAACUCAAGCAGUCAACUUCCAUUUACUACAUAUUUACUCAAUCCUCUUGCCUUCCCGUUUGAGAAAAAAUAUAUAAUGGCUGCUUCCACCAUGGCACUCUCAUCUCCUUUCACCGGACAAGCGGUGAAAGCAACCCCAUCCGGUUCCGAGCUUUUCGGAAACGGACGUGUUUCAAUGAGGAAAACUGCAGCAGCCAAAAAGGUUGCACCCUCAGGAAGCCCAUGGUACGGUCCCGACCGUGUCAAAUACCUAGGCCCAUUCUCCGGUGAGGCCCCAUCAUACCUCACUGGUGAAUUCCCAGGUGACUACGGUUGGGACACUGCUGGGCUUUCUGCUGAUCCCGAGACAUUUGCCAAGAACCGUGAGCUUGAGGUCAUCCACUCUAGAUGGGCCAUGCUUGGGGCUCUUGGAUGUGUCUUCCCAGAGCUUUUGGCCCGUAACGGUGUGAAGUUUGGUGAGGCUGUAUGGUUCAAGGCUGGAGCCCAAAUCUUUAGCGAAGGUGGUCUUGACUACUUGGGAAACCCAAGUUUGGUCCAUGCCCAAAGCAUCUUGGCCAUUUGGGCCACUCAAGUCAUCCUAAUGGGUGCUGUUGAGGGUUACAGAAUUGCUGGUGGGCCUUUGGGUGAGGUUGUUGACCCACUUUACCCAGGUGGUAGCUUUGACCCAUUGGGCCUUGCUGAUGACCCAGAGGCAUUUGCUGAAUUGAAGGUGAAGGAGCUAAAGAACGGAAGACUAGCUAUGUUCUCUAUGUUUGGAUUCUUUGUUCAAGCCAUUGUGACCGGAAAGGGACCAUUGGAGAACCUGGCUGACCACCUUGCUGACCCAGUUGCCAACAACGCCUGGUCUUACGCAACAAACUUUGUCCCCGGAAAAUAAAUAAUUUGACAUAGUUAAUAUGUCAUUUUUAAAAAUUCUGUUUUGAUUAAGGCUUUGAGAUCUUGUUUAUUUCCCUGUAAAUUAUUGCAUUUCACAUUGUAACUCGAUCAUUUCUGAAUGAAACAGUUUGCCAUUUCGUUUGAGUUA